CCUGACUCCGGGAAGGGCCCCCCCGAGAAGCCCCCCAGCUGUAGCCUGCCUCCUUGCCUCCUUCCUGGCAGCCUCUUCCCAAACGCCUCCUUUGGCUUGGGCUUUGGAGAGACUCAGGGCCUGCCCUUCUCGGGGCUCGCUUCGGGGCAAGAGCGAGAGAGAGCCCUUCUUCUGCCUCGGAUGGCAGGGAGCUGCUGCUGCUGCUGCUGCUGCUGGGCAUUGUAAAAGUCUCCCCAGCUGCUCCGCCGCUUGUUGGCCAUUGGCACCGCCUUGCUCCCACUUGGAGCCCAGGAAGGACUUUCGGAGGAGGGGGGGUGUGUUGCGUUGGCAUCGGAGGCAGGCGGCAAGGAGGGGGCUUUUGGCGUCGCCCCUUUCCUUCUCCGGCUCCUGCCUUUUUCCUGCGGCGAAGGACAAGAGCCACGCGGAGGAUCCCUGGAAGCAUGCCUUCUCUGGCUCUCUAAAGGAGCAGGAGAAGAGGCUCCCCAUCCUGGACAAAGCAAGGAAAGGAAGACCGGCAAGAAGGCGGCGAAAAGAGCCCUCCCCCCAAAAAGGAGACCCCCCCCCGGCGCCCUUUCCUCUCGGGGGUCCAGCCAGCCUUUGGCGAUGACUUGGAAGACUCCCAGCUUGGCAUUAUGGGGAGGGCCACUGCAACCACCACCUUUGCAAGGAUAGCCAUCUCUGCCUCCUCCGGAGGAGGCCAUGCUGCUGGUCCGGAUGCCCAGAAGCCUCCAUCGCCGCCUCCCCACCUUGGGCAAGAAGGAUGGCAGCCCCCCGUGAGGCCUGGCUCUGAGGACGCCUGCGAAAUGCCAAACUUUGCAGCCCAAGAGGAGGCUACAGUUUCUCACAUUCCUGGGCAUGGAGUUGGCCAAGAUGGCACAGGUCUGCUGGCAUCUGCUGGUGCUCCAGGCUCUCCUGGCGGAGUUGGCCCUGGUCCGCGGGGCGGAGAGAAGUUACCCCAUCCUGAACAUCGCCGUUAUCCUGGGGAGGACGCAGUUUGCCACGGAGAGGGAUGUCCGAGGGCUCUGGGCCAGGGAUAUGGCGGCCGGCCUGGCCAUUGAUGUCAACGUGGUCCCCCUCUUGGUCAACCAGACUGACCCCAAGAGCAUCAUCACCAACGUCUGUGACCUGAUGUCUGGCACCAAGAUCCACGGGGUGGUUUUUGGAGACGACACCGACCAGGAGGCCAUUGCUCAGAUUUUGGAUUUUAUUUCCUCUCAGACUUUCAUUCCAAUCUUGGGCAUCCAUGGGGGAUCUUCCAUGAUCAUGGCGGACAAGGAUGACAUGUCCACCUUCUUCCAGUUCGGGGCCUCGAUCCAACAGGAAGCCAUCAUCAUGCUGAAGUUCAUGCAGUAUUACGACUGGCACGUCUUCUCUCUGGUGACCAGCACUUUCCCCGGCUACCGGGACUUCAUCAGUUUUGUCAAGUACACUGUAGAGAACAGUUUUGUGGGUUGGGACAUGCAGAACAUCAUCACCCUGGACACCACCAUUGGAGACGCCAAGACGACCAUCCAGCUGAAGAAGAUCCACUCCUCAGUCAUCCUUCUCUACUGUUCCAAGGACGAAGCCGUUUACAUUUUGGAGGAGGCCCGCUCUUUGGGCUUGACGGGCUAUGACUUCUUUUGGAUUGUUCCCAGCUUGGUGAGUGGGAACAUGGAGAUCGUCCCCAAGGAGUUCCCCGCAGGGUUGAUUUCCGUGGCCUAUGACGAAUGGGACUACCGGUUGGACGCGCGGGUGCGGGACGGCCUGGGGAUUAUUGGCACGGCUGCGGCCGCCAUGUUGGAAAAAUACUCUUUCAUUCCCGAAGCCAAGACCAGUUGCUACGGACAGCAGGAGAACAGCGAACGGCCAUCGCAGACACUCCACAAGUUUAUGAUGAAUGUGACCUGGAAAGGGAGAGAUUUAUCGUUCACCGAAGACGGGUACCAAGCCCAUCCCAGGCUGGUGGUCAUUGUGCUCAACCAAACCCGGAUGUGGGAGAAGGCGGGGAAAUGGGAGAACAAGACCCUGAGCCAUAAGUAUUCCGUCUGGCCCAGGUUCAAUUCGUUCAACGACAGCGACCCCGACAACAACCACUUGAGCAUCGUCACCUUGGAGGAAGCCCCCUUCGUCAUUGUGGAGGACAUGGACAUCUUGACAGAGACCUGCGUGAAGAACACUGUACCGUGCCGCAAAUUUAUCGUCAUUAACAACAUCACCAAGGAAGGGAAGAACGUGAAAAAAUGUUGCAAGGGUUUCUGCAUCGACAUCCUGAAGAAGCUCUCCAAGGCCAUCAAGUUCACCUACGAUCUUUACCUGGUGACCAACGGGAAGCAUGGGAAGAAGAUCAACAAUGAAUGGAACGGAAUGAUUGGGGAAGUGGUCAAAAAGCAAGCCGUCAUGGCCGUGGGCUCCCUCACCAUCAACGGCGAACGCUCGGAGGUGGUGGAUUUCUCGGUGCCCUUUGUGGAAACGGGGAUCAGCGUCAUGGUCUCGCGGAGCAACGGCACUGUUUCGCCAUCUGCUUUUUUAGAGCCGUUCAGCGCUUCUGUUUGGGUGAUGAUGUUUGUGAUGCUGCUGAUCGUCUCGGCCAUCGCGGUCUUUGUCUUUGAAUACUUCAGCCCUGUGGGCUAUAACCGGAAUCUGGCCCAAGGGAAAGAUCCCCAUGGGCCAUCUUUCACUAUCGGGAAAGCCGUGUGGCUGCUGUGGGGUUUGGUCUUCAACAAUUCCGUGCCGGUUCAAAACCCCAAAGGGACAACCAGCAAAAUCAUGGUCUCCGUCUGGGCUUUUUUUGCUGUCAUCUUCCUGGCCAGCUACACAGCCAACCUGGCGGCCUUCAUGAUCCAAGAGGAAUUUGUGGACCAAGUGACAGGACUGAGCGAUAAGAAGUUUCAACAGCCAUAUGCCUAUUCGCCUCCAUUUCGGUUUGGGACUGUCCCCAAUGGGAGCACUGAGAGGAACAUUAGGAAUAACUACAAGGAGAUGCAUGCCUACAUGGUGAAGUACAACCAGAAGGGAGUGGAGGAUGCCUUGGUCAGCUUGAAAACUGGGAAGCUGGAUGCAUUCAUCUACGACGCAGCGGUGCUGAACUACAAGGCUGGACGGGACGAAGGGUGCAAGCUGGUGACCAUUGGCAGCGGGUACAUCUUUGCCACCACUGGUUAUGGGAUCGCCCUGCAAAAGGGAUCGCCAUGGAAAAGGGCCAUUGAUUUGGCGCUCCUGCAGUUUGUUGGAGAUGGUGAGAUGGAGGAGCUGGAGACGCUUUGGCUGACGGGCAUCUGCCACAACGAGAAGAACGAGGUCAUGAGUAGCCAGCUGGACAUCGACAACAUGGCCGGGGUCUUCUACAUGCUGGCGGCUGCCAUGGCCCUCAGCCUGGUCACUUUUGUCUGGGAGCAUUUGUUCUACUGGAAACUGAGGUUCUGCUUCACCGGUGUUUGCUCCGACAGGCCAGGCUUGCUCUUUUCCAUUAGUAGGGGUAUUUACAGUUGCAUCCAUGGGGUCCACAUUGAGGAGAAGAAAAAGUCACCCAGCUUCACCUUGACCAGUUCCCAAACCAACAUGUUGAAACUCCUGAGAACGGCCAAGAACAUGACCAACAUCACCAACAUGAACCCUUCACGGAUUAAUUCCCCCAAAAGAACAUCUGAUUUCAUCCACAGGGGUUCCUUGAUUAUGGACAUGAUGAUGGAUAAGGGGAACUUGAUGUUCCCGGACAACAACAGGCCCUUCCCGCCCAAGGAGAACAUUUUCACCGACAACAUGAGCGACCUCCAGACCUUCAUGGGCAACCGGCACAAGGACAACCUCAACAACUACGUUUUCCAAGGCCAGCACCCCCUCACGCUCAACGAGUCCAACCCAAACACGGUGGAAGUGGCUGUAGCCGCUGCUGCCAAGGCGGAAGGGAACUCGCGCCCGAGGCAGCUGUGGAGGAAAUCGGUCGAAUCCUUGCGCCAGGAAUCUCUCCGCCAAGGCCAAGGAUCUCAGAGGGAGAAUGAUUCAGAUGAGAACCGGCAGCACUCCCUGAAAGGCCCGCGGUAUCUCCCCGAAGAGAUCAUCUGCUCGGACGUUUCGGAUACCUCGAGCCGGGCCACCUGCCACAUGGAAGCCGAGAACAACAACAAGCACCACAAGUCCAAGGACAACGUGAAGAAGAGGCCGGUGGCAAAAUACCCCAAGGAUUGCAGUGAAGUGGAGUUGACAUAUCUGAAAAACAAAUCCCUGCCCCGGGAUAAAAUUUACAUUAUCGACGCAGAUAAGGAACACGGCUUUCACCUGGAGACGCCCCAGUAUAUUGAGAAUAUGAUCCUUCCCGAGUCGGUGGAGUUCUCUGACCUUUAUCAGGAGCAGGACGACAGCUACCGGAAGGUGGAGCCGGGUAACAGGACUCCUUUGCCCAACGAGGAAAGUCUUCCAAGUAAUGAUCAAUACAAGCUGUACUCCAAGCACUACAGCUUGAAGGAUAAGAACGCUUCGCUCAGCGAGGCGAACGACAGGUACAGGCAGACGGCCACCCAUUGCAGAAGUUGCCUCUCCACCUUGCCUGCCUACGCCGGCCAUUACUUGAGCCGGUCGCCCUACAAGUGUGACUCCUGCGUGCGGAUGGGCAACCUCUACGACAUCGACGAAGACCAGACCUUGCAGGAGACGGCCAACUCGAUGCCGCGGGGGGAAACCUACCGCCACAACUGGGUCCAGAACAACAAAACCCAGCCGCCGCCCAAAAAGAGCAAGCUGAAGAUCAGCCGGCAGCACUCCUUCGACAACCUCUUCGACAAGUCCCGGGAGGUGGAUGCCGGGAGGCCGGCGCGCAGCGUAAGCCUGAGGGAGCGGGAAAAGUUUCUUGAAGGUGGCAGCCCUUAUGCAAACCUGUUAAAUGCUCCCCAAAGCAAAUUCUUGAGCAACAAUGUCCCACUUUUCACACGCACUCUGGACGACGGUAAGAGGAGCAAGUCUCUGUACCCAGACUGCUCCGCGGAGACCCCUUUUCUGCACUCGCUUUGCGACGACCAACACUUGUCCCUCGGGCGGAGUCCCGCAGGCCUUUAUAAACUAUCCUUGCCUACCAAAGCGAGGAAUGAUAGUUACUCCCGGUCGUCGGUCAAAUCGACCGGCUCGUACUGUUCCAGAGACAGCCGGGUCCACAACGACAUGUACAUUUUGGAGCAUGGGAUGCCUUACGCUGCAAAUCAGAAUAGCGCCUACACGGCUCCAAGAGUUUUAAAUUCCUGCAGCAAUAGACGCGUGUAUAAGAAGAUGCCUAGCAUUGAAUCAGAUGUUUAGCUAUUUAUUUCCUCUUCCCUCCCCACCCUCCAGAAAAAAAAAACCAUUAACACUUUUAUCUAUAGGGAAACAUAGUUGCCAGCAUCCUUUAGAAGCGAAGGGGGUAUAUUCCUUAAAGGCGGAGCGGAAAUUGAAGAUUUGCGAUGUCUUUUUUACUGGUCAAAUUGGUGUGCCAAUUGGUUACGCGGUUGCUCCCAAAAAUAAUAAGGGAAGAAAGGGAAGAAAAUUACGAAAGCUAAAAUACCUCUCUCCAAGGGCAUAUCUAUACUACAAACCUACAUUGGGUUUUCUAUGUCUUUUAAACCGUCAUGGCGUCCCCUGAAGAGUCCUGGGAGCCGUAGCUUUGUGGCGGCGCUUUGGGUUUGAUGUGACGGAUCCCAAGCUCCGCUCAUAAGAUAUUACUGUUCCCUGGGAAGAUGGAGUCACCGUUAAAAUUGUUUUGCAGUCUGUAGUGUAAAUAUAUCCCCCUGGGGUUGGUUCACAAAAAAUAAAACGAUGCCCAUGGAUGCUCAUUCCAUGUUGGAAUAGCCCUUCCGGUUUCCUGUUGGCAACUAUGUUAUUUUUCUAUGACGAUGGUUGUUUUACCUUGUCCCUCGGACCAAGUCCUUCCAGCACUUUUGCCCCCGUGAAAUCCUGCCCUCCCCGCCCCAAAACCUUUAUUUUUUAAUAGAGAAUAAGCAAUAUGGUAUGCAUGUACUUUGACACAGAACAACUACAAAAAAUACAAAAAGAGUGAAGAAUGCAUUUGCACACUGACAACGGUAAGACUUGUCAAAGAGAUUAGAAAGCUCAUCUUCUCUUUUUUUAAAAAAGAACA